AUGAGCAACCCUCAGCCUUUGGAGGAGGAGGUAUACGACAUGUCAGGCGCCCGCUUAGCCCUGACACUGUGCGUCACCAAAGCCCGGAAAGGUUCGGAGGCAGACCUGGAUGCCCUGGAACGCAUGUUCCAGCAGCUGGGAUUUGAGAGCACCAUGAAGAGAAACCCCACGGCCCAGCAAUUCCAGGAAGAGCUGGAAAAUUUUCAGCAGGCCAUGGACGCCCGGGAUGACUUCAUCAGCUGUGCAUUUGUGGUGCUCAUGGCACAUGGGCUGGAAGGUCGCCUCAAAGGAGAGGAUGAGAAGAUGGUUGAGCUGGAAAACCUUUUCGAGGUUCUGAACAACAAGAAUUGCCGGGCCCUGAGAGCCAAGCCGAAGGUGUACAUCGUGCAGGCCUGUCGAGGAGAACACAGGGACCCCGGUGAAACAGUAAGUGGAGACGAUAUCGUGAUGGUCGCCAAGGACAGUCCCCAAACCAUCCCAACGUACACGGACACCCUCCACAUCUACUCCACCGUGGAGGGGUACAUCGCAUACAGACAUGACGAAGAGGGCUCCUGCUUCAUCCAGACUCUGGUUGACGUGUUCACAGAGAGGAAAGGACCCAUCCUGGAGCUUCUGACAGAGGUGACCCGGCGGAUGGCAGAAGCAGAGCUGAUUCAGGAAGGAAAAGCAAGGAAAGUGAAUCCCGAGAUCCAAAGCACCCUUCGGAAACGGCUCUAUCUGCAAUAG